CUCGGUGCCCGCCGUGCCCGCGGAGGGAGGGCCCUCGCCCGCAGAGCGGCCAAUCCGGGCGGGCGCUGGCGGCGAGCAGGGGCAGAAUGGGCUGUAGUUGAGUGAAAUAGGGAAAGCGGCGAACAGUGUGGAGCGUUCCCGGUGUAAAUAAAAGGGGGAGGAAGAAAAAAAAAAAAAAAAAAAGUUUGUGGAAGUCGCCGCCCUGCAGCCUCGCUCGGGCAGCGGCGCGGGGGCUUGUGCGGUGCGGGAGCCCGGCACGGAGGACUUUAGUGCGCGGCGUUAACACGCUCUGCCUAUUGUUUGUGUUUUUUUCCAAAAUAUGGCAAAGGUUCAGGUGAACAAUGUAGUGGUGUUGGAUAAUCCUUCUCCUUUCUACAAUCCUUUCCAGUUCGAAAUCACAUUCGAGUGCAUAGAGGACCUGUCUGAAGAUUUGGAAUGGAAAAUAAUUUAUGUGGGUUCAGCUGAAAGUGAAGAGUAUGAUCAGGUGUUAGACUCUGUUUUAGUCGGACCUGUUCCUGCAGGCAGACACAUGUUUGUAUUUCAGGCUGAUGCACCUAACCCAGGGCUUAUUCCAGAUGCAGAUGCAGUAGGCGUAACAGUUGUGCUAAUUACAUGCACUUACCGAGGUCAAGAAUUUAUUAGAGUCGGCUACUAUGUAAACAAUGAAUAUACUGAAACAGAACUGAGAGAGAAUCCACCAGUAAAGCCAGACUUUUCUAAGCUUCAAAGGAAUAUUUUGGCAUCUAAUCCCAGAGUCACAAGAUUCCACAUUAAUUGGGAGGACAACACUGAAAAACUGGAAGAUGCAGAGAGCAGUAACCCAAAUCUACAGUCUCUGCUUUCCACAGAUGCAUUACCUUCAGCAUCAAAGGGAUGGUCAACAUCAGAAAAUUCACUAAAUGUUAUGUUAGAAUCUCAUAUGGACUGCAUGUGACUAACCACCAUCGUUUUGGUACUGUAUAUGUGUUAAACUGUAAAAACAACCAGAACUAUUUCCCUCAAAUUCCAUAAGUGCAUAGUUUGACAAGCAAUGUGAAGAACUUGUUUUAAAACAUCCUGUAGAAAGUUUAUAAAAAAAACAAAACAAAAAAACCCAACAAACAAACAGUAUUUGAGCAAAUUGUGGAAUAUAAAUACAACUAUUUUUAAGUAUUUGCCUUUUUUUCUAAUGUGUUAUUCUAUGUGGUCUGAACCAAACCUGAUUAAAGUAUAUGUAUUCUCCCCCUUCCCCCUUUACUUUGUAAGCACUAUUAAAAACUAAAAAAAAAAGUUUAAAGGUUAAAACAUUCAGGCAAAAUGAAGGAAUAAUGCCAUGUCCUCAUCUCUGAUACCCAGAUUGCCAAAUAUAAAGUGCCCUUUAAUGACAGCUUAAGAACAAAACUGUCAUUAGAUGAAGUGCAAAGAAAAAAGUAUCUCUGAUUUAAAAGAAAAAAAAGUCCAAAAUGUCCUUUUGCUCUAAAAGCAGACAGCACAGUAUAAUUUUAGGUGCAAGCUUCUUUUCCUUUCAAGGCACAUACUUGUUACUUAAAGCAUGCAAUUUGAGAUUUACCAUCUGCUAUUUUGGAUUUUAGGACUCUUUUUUUAAAAUCUCCUCCUGCUGCUGUUUAAUCAAACUGUGGUUUGUUCAGGACAGUGUUUCAUGGGGAUUUGAGUGGGUAUCUCAGGAAAGAACCCUUUUUCAGCCACCCUACUAGCAAUUGGUUGGAAGGAUGCAAGCAAUUACUAGAAAGUUCUAAGUGUCAAAAGGAAUAGUGUGAGUAUCCCAAAAAUGCUCUUCUGUAAGAUUAUGUACCGCUGCUGGUUGGUAUGUUUAUUUUCAGGUAUGCUUUGUUCUUGUAGUCUUUCCCACUAGUAAUAAGGAGUUUAGAUGUUGUAUUUCAUUUUUCUGAAAUGCCUGGAAUUGAAAACUUCUGUUUUCUCUCUAUUGUUUAAGGCAGUCCUAUGCACUGGUAUAAAUCAAGAUUCAUAUCCUGUUGUGUCAGGCAGAACCCAUUACUUGCCCUGAAGCUCUUGCACUGAGACGUCCCUAUUACCUGAGGCAUCCUUGAAGAUAGAAAGAACUAAGCAGUAAACUGUAAAGACUCAAGACAUCAUUAUGACACUAACAAUUUAGUUAUUCUUCCAGUCCUCAUUAGCUUUAUACAUUUACUCUGACAGUGUGUGCAUUUACAUUUUAAUCUGUCAUGCCAGAUUACAGGAAUGUAAUUCUGCUAGUUAGAAGUAACCGCACAAACUGUGAACCCUUGUAGGUUCCAGGCCCUUCAAAAAAAGGUAGAUUUCAUGAUGACUGACAGUGGAGCUCUGAAUAAAAAUAGAAUGCUUUCUCUUUUC